AGUGGACACGGCCCAGGCCCACGAACAGUACCGAAGCACACCUCCACCAGCCAGUCGCCUCCGACGCCGGCGCCUUCCCCCCUCUCUCGCGCGCGCCCCUCCCCACGGACUCCGGCAACCGGCGGCCACCCCGCCCACCCGAUCCACCAGAUCCCUUCUCUCCCCCUCGGCCGAUCCACGCGGGCGGCGACCCUCCGUAGCCAUGGCCAACACGCUGCGGCUGUACCUCACCUGCAUCCGCAACACUCUGGAGGCGGCCAUGUGCCUGCAGAAUUUCCCUUGCCAAGAGGUCGAGAGGCACAACAAGCCGGAGGUGGAGCUCAAGACUAGCCCUGAACUUCUGCUGAAUCCGGUGCUUAUAUGUCGUAAUGAAGCCGAGAAGUGUUUGGUAGAGACUUCAAUCAAUUCGAUCCGUAUAAGCUUGAAGGUUAAGCAGGCAGAUGAACUAGAAAAUAUUCUUGCAAAGAAGUUUCUUAGGUUUUUGUCGAUGAGGGCAGAGGCAUUCCAAGUGUUGAGGAGAAAACCAGUUCAGGGUUAUGAUAUUAGCUUCCUCAUAACAAACUACCACUGUGAGGACAUGCACAAGCAUAAGCUCAUAGAUUUCAUUGUUCAGUUUAUGGAGGACAUUGACAAGGAGAUCAGCGAGCUCAAGCUGUCGGUGAACACACGUGGCCGGCUGGUGGCAACCGAGUUCCUAAAGCAGUUCAUCUGAUCUCGCUAUCCGACUUCUCAUCGCGGAAGGACCAAUUCUCCAUUGGGAGUUUCUCAGCCUCCUCCUUGGAGGUGUUGGCUGCUCUCCUCAGGGUAAUGAGCUUCUGGAGUACUGGUGCACCCGGUCGAUGACAAAUGCAAGGAACAGUGUGUGUCCUGCUAGGAGCGAUGAACUGUUAGAAGUGUGGUGCCAGGUUUAACUAUGAAUGUGUAUUCUACUCUACUUAAUUGUUUGAUAGAGGACAAUAUUAGUGUAUUAGAUUAGACAUGGAAAAAAAUGGAGUUCUGCAUUUAUCAGAGUGUAGCCUUAAUGCCUGGAAAUAAAAUCUUUGGAGGUCCUUUUUCGUCAUUUUA